AUGGACAUGGCUCACCAUCCAUGGAUUUUCACCUUCGGCAUUCUCGGCAACAUCAUCUCCAUCAUAAUGUUUCUUGCGCCUCUCCCUACAUUUUUAAGGGUUUAUAGAAAGAAAUCAACUGAAGGGUUUCAUUCAAUUCCAUACGUGGUUGCAUUAUUCAGUGCCAUGAUUUGGAUAUACUACGCCACUCUGAAACCAGGCACAGAUUUUCUUCUUCUCACCAUAAAUUCUGUGGGCUGUCUAGUUGAAACCAUCUACAUUGUGGUGUACAUUGUCUACGCACCAAAGCAAGCCAGGAUCCUGACACUGAAGCUGCUGCUUGUCAUGAAUAUUGGGGGAUUCUGUGCUAUUGUUCUUCUUACUCAUUUUUUCGCCAAAGGAUCAACACGGUUGCACAUUGUUGGAUGGUUCUGUGUCGCAUUUUCUGCAGUUGUUUUCGCUGCACCUUUAAGCGUAAUGAGGCUGGUCAUUCGCACCAAAAGUGUGGAGUUCAUGCCAUUUACCUUGUCAUUUUCGCUCACGUUGAAUGCUAUUAUGUGGCUGCUCUAUGGUAUCCUACUUAAGGAUUUAUACAUUGCACUUCCAAACAUUUUCGGAGUAAUCUUGGGAAUAUUUCAAAUGACACUCUAUGCAAUUUACAAAGACGGCAGGAAAGUUAUACAGAAGCAGAACGAAUCAGAAAUAAACAAAAUUAAUUGUGAAGUGCAUGCAGUCUCAGUUCCCAUUUGUGAGGAAAGCGAAGUGGGUAAUAAACAUGAAAAUUCAUAUGAUCAUCACCAUCACACGAAACCCAAUGGUGAUUCCAUUGAGUCCCACAACCCGAGUCCAACUAAGUGA